GAUAUUAGUGUCAAACCCAUAGCAACGUCUAUAUUUAGCUGUUGCCAUGUGUCUCAUGGGCAUUUUGACCUGUUGGUCAGACGAUCCGACAACUGUCCUUCUGCCUGUAACUUGAGGACACGCCCCUUCGCCGAAUGGCAUGGAUCGCGCCAUAACGUAAAGUUCUAUCUACGUAGGAUGAACAUUUACAUUUCGUAUUUUUUAUUAUACAGCAUUUUACAUACUAUAUAUUAUUGUACGUUUAAUCCAUGCAUAAACUAUGACGCGAGAAGAGGAGUUAAUUCGGAUUGCAAAAAAGCUGGACAAGAUGGUGUCUAGAAAUAACACGGAGGGUGCCCUGGACCUGCUGAAUGAACUGAAGAGCUUCAACAUGACACUGAAACUUCUGCAGGAAACGAGAAUCGGCAUGUCUGUGAAUGGAAUCAGGAAGCACUGCACAGACGACGAGGUAGUUUCCCUGGCCAAGAUCCUCAUCAAGGACUGGAAGAGACUGCUGGAUGCUGCACGUACUCAGAGUACUGAGAGGCCCAAUAAGAUGAAGAAUGGGGUUGACUCCAACAAAUCCACAGGGUCCCCAGUCAGGUCCCCCUUAGAGAAAGACACCAGUCACAAGAGGCUGGAUGUUUCUGAUUCAGAACCUGAAUCUGAAAAGAAAGAAUACUCUGACAAACGGCUAAAAGAGAAGUACAAUGUUGAACACAAAAAAGACGAGAGAGCUGUUGACCUUAAAAAGGAGCGAUAUACAGAGGCAUUCAAAAACAAACGGCAUGCAGAACAAUCCAAAAACGGAAAACAUACAGAAGAUGCCAGAAAAGAAAGACAUGUAGAACACUUAGAAGAACCCAAAAAGGAGAGACACUUCGAAAAAUCCAGAAAAGAAAGACAUGUACCUAUACAUGACACAAAAAAUGAAAGACAUGUGCAAGAACCCAAGAAAGAAAGUAACCUCGAAGAACCCAAAAACGAGAGCCACACAGAUGAACUGAGAAAGGAAAGACACACAGAUGAACGCAGAAAGGAGAUACCAAUGUACGAACCCCCACAAGAGAGACCUGUUGAAAACCACAGACAAGGGUUUGAGAGGAGAAGCGUCUUGGAUGAUCUUUACCCCUCUUGUUACUCUCCUCCUCGCCCCCCCCGACCACCCCGUCUUCCUCCCCCUGUCAGACGUAUGUCUGGGGAGGUGAAUAAAGGGGUGAAAAAAGAGGUGAAGAAGGAGAGAGAGAGGAGAGAUUCUUCAGACACUCUGUCUCCUUCUCAUCCUCGUCCCACCCCUCCAUCCAGACGUCCCUCAGUGAAGGUGAAGAAAGAGAGGAAAAAAGCUCCUCCUGACCCUAAUUCCCCGCUUCCUCCUCUUCAUCCUCAUCCUUCUAUGCCCACUGCAGCAGAGGUCAAGAAGGAGAGCAACCUGCAAGCAGUGAUGAAAAAAAAAGAGCCUCCGCGGAUUUCUGUGGUUAGAAAAGAGCCUCCGGACCCCAAUGCUCCAUUUGCUCCUCUUCCUCUCCAUCUCCAUCCUCCCCCUCACGUGAAGCGCCCAUCAGUGGAAGUCAAAAAGGAGAGAGAAGAGUCGUCAGAUUACAAACCCGUUUCUCUGAAGGUGACGUCAUCUGACCAUGUGAAAAAGGAUAGAAAAGACUCCGAUAGCAAAGUGCCCAAAAAAACAUCUGUUGAUGCCAAGAAAGAAAGAAAGGAUUUGUCAGAUUCCAAACCAAAACCUGCUAAAAGGCAGAGUCUGGACUCGUCAGAUUCCAAUCCAAAACGUUCUAAAAGGCAGAGUCUGGACUCCUCAGAUUCCAAUCCAAAACGUUCUAAAAGGCCAAGUCUGGAUGGCAAGAAAGACAGAAAGGACUCCACUGACUCCAAGCCCAGCCAUUCUGUGAAACGUCAUUCGACUGAUUCCAAAUCAGACAGGAGGGACUCUGUGGAUUCCAAGACUAGCAACUCACCCUCAGCUAAGAAGCUCUCUAGCGAGACGAAAGAAUUUCAUAGCGCCAAGUCCUCUCACCCUGGUCCUUUGCAGAGAAAGUCCUCAACGGACAGUAUUGAACGGAGAGGGAAACCAGAGAUGCCAAAGAUUCCCACCACCCCCACCAGUCCCAUGUCCCCCUCCUUCAGCUCAGCAGGGGUUCCCCUGUCCCCUUGCCUUGCCACUGGAGAAACCAUCAGGGACAAGUGCAUCGAGAUGCUGGCUGCUGCUCUACGUACAGAUGACAACUUCAAAGAAUUUGGGACAAACUGUGACUCCAUGGCAGCAGAGAUUGAAGAUCAUAUUUACACGGAGAUGGGAUCCACAGAUAUGAAGUAUAAAAACAGGGUGCGGAGCCGCAUCAGCAACCUGAAGGACCCCAAAAACCCUGGACUGCGGAGGAACGUCCUGGCUGGAGGCAUCGAGCUGAGACGCUUCGCCAUCAUGUCUGCUGAGGAGAUGGCUAGUGAUGAGCUGAAGCAGCUGAGGAACAAUCUGACUAAGGAGGCCAUUAGGGAACACCAACUGUCCAAAACCAGCGGUACCAUUUCUGACCUGUUUCAGUGCAGCAAGUGCGGCAAAAAGAACUGCACCUACAACCAGAUGCAGACCCGCAGCGCUGAUGAGCCUAUGACUACUUUUGUUUUGUGUAACGAGUGCGGGAACCGCUGGAAGUUCUGCUGAUGUGGCCCAGCUCCAAUGACGAUGUUGCAGACCACAUUUUUCUAUGAGGGGUUAUAAUGUUUAGCAAUGAGUAAUU